CCUAAAAUAGUGAAUUCGCGAGGGUGAAAUUUGAUAUUCUACCCUCUCAGCAGCAUGGAAGACAGGCUACUCAUGCGUAUCCUCAGAUCAAAUUGUGAUCAGCUGCCAAAUUCACGAGUAGAAAGAAAAUUCGAUCCGACCUGAAUAUUGCAUCAAUUUUGUAAACAGCUGUCGAUGAUUGGUGAAUGUUCGUGAGAGGUUAAAAAAUAUGUCGGAAGACACAGGUGGCCUGAACCCCCAACAGAAGAGAUUAUUGGAGGGUUUAUACCAGUUUUACAGACAGGGUCAGCUAACUGAUGUGACACUGGACGUAGAGGGACAACAGUUUGCCUGCAACAGAAAUGUCCUGGCAGCUAGCAGCCCCUUCUUUAAAGCCAUGUUUACCAGCGAUGUAAAAGAAAGCACAGACAAUGUGAUUCCCAUUCAUGGUAUAACUAAGGAUGCUAUGGAAACCUUACUGGACUAUAUAUACAGUGGAAGGAUAAGACUUACCAAUGAAAAUGUCCAAAAUGUCUUCUCUGCAUCGAACUUUUUAGAGAUGUUAGAGGUGGUUGAUAUGUGUAUUGACCACAUAUCUGGAGCUCUUAGUCUAUCUAACUGUUUGGAUGUCUUCUUCUUUGCUGUCUACAACUACUGUGAAAAGUUAAAACUGAACAGUGGUAAUUUUAUUCUGAAGAAAUUUCCUGAGAUGGCAGAGACUGAAGAAUUCCUGUCUAAAAUUGAGGUGGGGGACCUGAUUUGGUUCUUGUCCUCAGAUGACAUAUAUGUUGACAGGGAGGAAUACAUUUUUGAGUACAUACUUAAAUGGAUUGAAUUUGACCCAGAAUUAAGAAGAAAACAUUUUCCCAAACUUUUCAAAUGCUUAAGACUACCUCUGAUCAAUGAUGAAUAUUUUGAGGAGAAAGUUACCAGCCAUAAGUUUGUUCAGGAGAACAGUUUCUGUCGUGGACUCCUGACUUCCUUUAGUCUCUUCAAAAUACAGCAAGCACACAUGCUGGAAGUGGAUGAGGAUUCACCAUUUGCCAAUCCAGUACCACGACUUGGAAUGUACAACCGGAAACUUAUAGUCUACUCAGGAGGAGCUUACUCAGCUGAAGAGCGAUCAUUUACAGCUUUUGACCCAGUCACAAAAAAGAAUUACUAUGGGAUCAAACCUCACCCAUCCUUUGAUUUCAAAUUUAGAAUUGAUUACUUUUCAUUGGUUACAACAGAAAAUAACAGCAUUUACUUUAUUGGUGGCAUAUUCUAUGAAAGUUACCACUUUUCAGAAACUGGUCAAGCUGUGAAAGAUUUCCUUUUGUAUGAUGAGAAGGAAUCCAAGUGGUUGCCACAGAAACCUAUGGGAGUGGCUAGAUGUCAAUUUGCUGCUUGUAACUAUGGAGAUGAAGUCUAUGUCUGUGGUGGAAAAUCUUUUCAUCCAGUAGGAGAACCUACAGAUUCCUUGGAAGUUUUUGAUCCAGAAAUUAACUUUUGGACAGUCAUGGAGCCAAUGCCUAUGGCCUUAUACCAGCAUUCAAUUUGCUGCCACAACAAAGCCUUGUUUGUGUUUGGUGGUAAGGAUGUUGUGGACGAACAUGUUGACAAUGUAUUCCGAUUUGACAUUCCUGCAAAUUCUUGGUGUGUAGUUCGUACCAAUAUGCUUAAGCCACGGUCAGAACAUAUGUCACUGCAAGUAAAUGGUAAGAUCUACAUUGUUGGUGGUGGAUCCAAGCAUUCUAAUGCAGUUGAGGUGGAGAUUUAUGAUCCAUCGACCAACAGAUGGACCUAUGGAACUGAUUUUGUGGAGGAGAGAAAAAUACUGACUGGCUGUGUAUUUGAUGGUCAAAUUUACACCACUGGAGGUGUGCGACAGUUCAGCCGACCUAACAAACCGACGAGAACAGUAGAGACAAAGGACUUCUAUAGAUACAAUGUACACCAGAACAAGUGGCAGAAGUUGGUUCGCUUUAUACAGUACGCCAACACACAAUGCUGUACCGUGGCAAUGCUCAACAUCAAAUUCCUCCAUGAAAGUGACUUUAUAAGUGUUGGAGAAGGUAUUGAACCAAAUGAGCAUUAAGAUUACUGUACAGAGGUAUAUAAGACAAUGUUAGAACAUCUUUUAGAUAUAAGCUAAUGUCGGGAGGAGACUUUUAAUGCUAAUUUGAACAUUUAUACUGUAAAUCCUUUUUAUUUGUGAGAACUUUGCAUAAUUACACGAGAUAGUGUGCUUGCAAAAAUUUUAUUCAUGCCUAUAUUAGUAUUCGUAAGGAUUAUAUAGAACAAAAACCAUAAUUCGUGAAAAUUUUGUUUCGCUUAUUAAGAGUAAAUGAGUAUCUCGCAAAAAUUUACUGAUCUACAGUAAUAACCAGAUUAGGACAUGCAUUUAUAAAUUGAAAAUAGGCAUGAUAAAAAUUCAUUUGUAUAGAUUUGCAGAUGUGUCAAAUUGACUGAUAGGUAUAGAUAAUGAUCUGACUACAGUAUUGUUUCAAUGUUUGAAAAAUUGUGUUCCCGGAAUGAAUUGUUAGGGAAGUCCACUUUGUGUUUGUCUUGUUAAACAAGUUCAUUUUUAGUUGUCAACCUCUGAUAGUGAAGGUAUAAGUUUUAUAUCAAUAUUAUACUAAAAGAUUCAAAUAAUUUUUACAUGAAUUUCUACGUAAAUAUUUGUGAGUUUACAGCCGUAGCACAUGAAGUGCCUUUAUUUCCAAGGUUUCAAAUACUCCAGGGUUCUUCUUGUUCUUUGUUGGUCAAAUAUAUAUAUACAUUUUUGCUAUUUUAAAGAGAAUUUAUUAGUAUAUGUACUCUCUGUUGCGUGCUAUUUACAGCUUUCACCAUUUAUGACUUUGACUGGUACAGUAAAGAUUUUUUCAACUUCACUUGAGCCAAUUUUAAAGACUAAGUAUGUUUCUGAUCAAAAUUGGUACUUGAUCCAUCUUUUGAUUAAGGAGGUAAGCCACACCAAAAUUAUUAAAUGAUGUUUCAAGUAUCUCUUUUGACAUAUGAAUUCAGAAUGAUAUAUUUUUUCUGAGAAAAUGCAAAAAUUGUUUGUAGCUCCUUUUUUUACCCGUGAUGCUUUGAAGAAAGUUUUGAUUGAAGGGAGCAUUUUCCAAAUGUCUGAUUCUUGUUCUUCAAAAGCUGAUACUCCAUGGUCAUAAGUAGUACUAUCCAAUAGAACACAUGCUCACCCUAGCCUGUUGCUUCACUCAGUGGUGCAUGUGGCUCUAAAUGAGUACUAAUUGGUGGACUUCACCUUCACUGCAGUUAAUCCAGUUUUACAUUUUCAGGUCACCUGAAAAGUUUCAACUUUGUUUGAAUCAUAGUUUAUUGGGCUAUAAUUUAGGCCAAAGCAGAGUGUUAAUAUUUUUCUAAAGAAUUUUUAAGAAUUUUUUUUUAUUUUCAAAAAAAUAAUUAAAAAAAAUAUCUAAAAAGAUAUCUGAUAAACAACAAGGCCACAAGUACUUUCAAGGCCUCUUCUAGGAUUAGGAAUGGGCUACAAUGGGAGUUUUAAUCAUCUAGACAUUCUUACAAUGAUGAUAACACCAAGGCCAAAAUUUUAAACGAAUUUCAGUUAAUUCUAAAUUGUGGUGAAAUGCAUGUUAAGUUUGAGGAAAUAAUAAGGGGUGAUAUGAAUAACAUUGUUUUGUCAGCCUGUCAUGGCACAUCUUUUUACCCCAUAUUGUGUAUGUUACUUUUAGAUUUUUACUCAGGUUUAGCUCUUUUAAAGAAAAAAUGGUAUUUAUUAGCAAAGAUCGAUUUAUUUUACAAGUGCAUAUAAACCAUAUUUAGAUUUAUUAAGGUUGAAUUGGGUAUCUCUAGGGUACCUUCUUUGUGUGGUACCUUUGGGUUGCGUGUGAUAAAAAGACACGCCCAAUUUGUCAGAAAGAAAAAUCUCGCUCAGGUUAUAGUGUUACGGCCUUGAGACCUAAGUUGCAGUUUUUGUCUUGUUCCCAAGUGGAGUUGGUACCUUUGGGUUGCGUGUGAUAAAAAGACACGCCCAAUUUGUCAGAAAGAAAAAUCUCGCUCAGGUUAUAGUGUUACGGCCUUGAGACCUAAGUUGCAGUUUUUGUCUUGUUCCCAAGUGGAGUUGUUUUGAACUGUUUUGCAUUUCUAGUCUUACUGAACUCACCUGCUUAUUUAGUCUUGUUGCUUUUCCCCCCAUCUUGUCUUUGAAUAUUAAGGUCUGUUGGCCUGUUGUUGCAUAAUUCCUCCAAUCUUUUCUUUGCAUGUUAGGAUUUGUUGGCCUGUUGUUGCAGAAUUUCCCUAAUUUCCUUUCAUAUUGUAUAUUUGUUGCAGAUAAUGAGGGAAAUAUAAAUAUCUAUUCACCAAGGAAAAAUCAUAUUAGAAAUCAGAAUAUGAUUUUUCUUUGGUGAAAAGAUCUUCAUAUCUCCUGAACAUUCAUGCAAUAAAUUGUUUAAUGUACUGAAACACUACCAGGCUACAAUAUCAUCUUGUUUUUUUUUUUUUUACAACAUAUAACAAGUACUGGGUAAUAAAAACAACUAAGAUCUAUAUUUAAUUUUGAGGAUUUUUUUUUUAUCAUCACUGAUAAAUGAUCACAAAAAUUAAAAACUAUGUACAUGUAUAAUAAGUAUGGCAGAUAUACUGCCCCCCCCCC